UAUUUGUAUAGACCAUUAUAAAUAUUUAUUUUUUUAAAAAAAAUCCCUACAAAAGGAGUAUCUUAUUUGGACGGCUGAGAAAUGAGAAUAGAAUAAUACAAGAGGCUCGUGUCAUGUAUUUUAAAAUAAACGUACUCCUAAUUAGUAAAUACAGUACAAAUUAAAGUACUCCUUCAUGUAUUAUUAAUUUAUUACUUAUAAAUUAAUUAAAAACAAUGAGAUAAAUUUUUCAAAAAAAAAAAAAAAAAAAAAAAAAAACAGCUGGCUAAUGGGCCUAAUAAAAUCUUUGUAAAUAGCACCCAAACGAAUGAGAGAGACGUGGUCACAUGAGCCCAACCAGAUGAUGGGGGUCCCCCACUCUAGUAUAAAGUCUUUCCCCUCUCUCUCUCCCCUUCUCAUUUUAUUCAACUUUUUUUUUUUUUUUUUUUCAAAAUAUACUGUAAUUAAAUUUAUUACCCUCAUUUUUCCAUCACAUUUUUUUUAUAACUAUGUCCUAAUUUUAUUCUACCUCUUCCCUUUUCCUUCUAAAGAACCUUCCAGGAACUCCCAUCUUUUUAAAAAAAAUUAUUUAUUAGUAUUUUUAAAAUUUUAUAUUAAUCAAAUUAAUUACCUAGCUAGGUAGAUAGCUAGAAAUUGGGAUUGAACUAAUUAAUAGUUCUGAAUUAUUAUACCACUGCUCAUCUGUUUUAAUGAAAGUUUGGAAAAUACAAAAGAAAAUGUUGUUUAUAGCAGAAGGUAGGUAGACAAAAAUAUCUUUAAACCCUAACUAGCUAUAGUUUUAGUAUUUUUAGUCAUCACUCAUCUAUUCUCUUUAAAAUGGUUUCUUACCCUUUAUAUUUAUUUUCGUCGAGUUGAGAUUUUGAAACAAAGGAGAGGCAAAAGAAUUUUUAAAAAAAAAAAAAAUAUGGAGUACACUCCGUCUUCUUACAAAGGUUUGGUACAUCGAGAGAUAGAGUGGAUGUCGUCGUCGUCGUCUACGAAUAAUAAUUUAUCAGGGGCAGCCACGACGACGACGAAGAUUGAGGUGGUUGACGAGGAAGAGGGGAACAAAUCGGUAGUAGUAAUAGAGAGGGAGCAUAUGUUUGAUAAAGUAGUGACUCCAAGUGAUGUUGGGAAAUUAAAUCGGUUAGUUAUACCGAAGCAACACGCAGAAAAGUACUUUCCCUUGGAUUCGUCUAACAACGAGAAAGGGUUGCUGCUGAAUUUUGAGGAUCGCACGGGGAAGCCGUGGCGGUUUCGGUAUUCGUAUUGGAAUAGUAGUCAGAGUUAUGUGAUGACCAAAGGGUGGAGUCGGUUUGUAAAAGAGAAGAAGUUGGAUGCUGGUGAUAUUGUGUCGUUUCAAAGGGGUGUUGGUGAGAUUGGUAAAGAUAAGUUGUUUAUUGAUUGGAGGCGAAGGCCUGAUGCUUCUACUUUGCUACCUCAUCAUCAUCAUCAGUAUAAUAAUCCCCAAUCGGUUUCGCAGUAUCACCACCACCACCAUAAUCAUCGGAAUGUUGUUCCUGCUGCUGCUUGGACUGGUACUAGUCCUACUUUUGUGUUGAGAUCUCAUCAGCAUCCUUAUCCUCAUCCUCAUCCUCAUCCUUAUUCUCAACCUUACCCUUAUCCUCCGCAGGGCGGGGGAGGGGGAGGGGGAGGGGGUGUAGUUUGGGACCACCAAGGUAGUAGUACUACUCAUUUAUCUAACAUGAGUCUAAUGAAUGUGAUACCUUCACAAUCACAUCCGUUUCGAAGGGGUAAUAAUACGAGUACUAGUGGUGGUGUUGGUGGUUAUGGAUUUGGGUUUGGGAAUGUAGUCAACCCGCAGUAUCCAGUAACAGGAUCAUUGAUUUUUCUUAGAUCUUCAUCCUCAGUAGCACCAACAUUAGGAGCAUCAUCAUCUUCAACAUCGUCGGUACCACAAAAUGUGGAAGAUCAUCAGCAUCAGCAUCAGGUUCAGCAGGGUGGAGGAGGAUCAGUGAUGCAGGUGCAGAGGGAAGAAGGUGGGGUUGAGCCCAUGGUAUACGAGUCGGUGCCGGUGGUCCAAGGCAAAGCUGCAGCUAAGAGGCUCAGGCUGUUUGGCGUGAAUAUGGACUGCCCCAUCUCCCAUCAAACUCAUGAUUUUGACAUCUUGUCUUCCUCUUUGGCAUCCUCGUCCACCCCCAACCACCCUUCGCCUCAUCAUCAUUAUCUUCUUCAACAACAAGAACAGCAACAACAGCAUAAUACUAAUACUACUACUGCUAUUUCAAUGGGCCCUCCUUCUUCGUCAUCAUCUUCUUCCUUCUCCUCUUCGCCUAGUCAACACCACCACCACCUUCUUCCCUUGCAACUGAGGUCAUUCUAUAGCGGCGCGUCUCCUGUCAAAGGCAAGUCAUCCACAUCCUCAUCAUCCAUGUCUUUAGAUUUGGACAUAUGAAAAUCCUUUCAAAACCAAUUUUUAUUUUUUUAACAUCUGAAAUGUUAGACAUGAAAGAUGCAGAGAGAACAAAAGGGUUCAAUUAGGCCAAAAACAAGAGGUAAUUAAGUAAGAUUAUUAUUAUUAUAUAAGCUCAGUAUUCAAAAAAUUGCAGCUUAUUAAUAUAAUUAGUUAUCCCCUCAAAUGUAUCAAUUGCUGUAAUAGAGGAAGACUAAAUAUAGUAGGUCUAAAAUACCCAUUAACCAUCCAAGAAAAAAACAUGGGUCCCUCUCAACAAUCAUAUCAACGUUACUCUGCGUACUGCGCCGCAUUCACCAAGGAAAGAAAAUUCAAGCAUCAUUGAUCAAAGACGAGUCGAAAGCGCCCCAAAUCAGUAGUACUACUUCUCUCAGUCCUACUAUCAUAUUAAUUAGAAAUCAUAAUUUCUUUAAUUUAUGUAAAUUACAUCUUAUAUAUCAAUAUAUAAUUAUAUUACUGCAUUUGACUUAUAUAAUUAUAUGUUAUUAGAUUAUUCUUAUAUAAAAUUUAUGUGAAUGAUACAACUUUUUAUAGAUAUUUAAUUUGUUUAUUAAAUACUCAAUCAUGAUCAAACUUAUAAUUUGUUCAUAUAUAAUUUGGCAUGCUGCUGUACUCUGGUGUAUGUACAUCCAAUUGAUCAAGGUUUCCAAAUUUCAAUAACUGCAGUAAUCAGUCUUUUUCUUAUUCUGUCUCCUUCUUUCUCUCUCCUACUUUCUUUUUCUGCAGCUGUGUUUCUGCUAUUUAAUUCUUAACGAACUUUCUGACUUAAGAAGCUAACAAAGUUGUAAUUUUAAGGUACAAUGUCUACCUCCCCAUCA